GUUUUUCUACAUCCGGUGCGUUCGAACCUUUCACGAGCAGCGAAGACAGACAAACAGCGAAGAAUGGAGACGGCUGCUAACGAUACUCCGCCGUUAGCGUGAAACAUCAGUAACAACUAGUAACACCGAAAACCUUACAUUAAGCUCGGGGCAUUCGUGUACAUUUGGCGUGACAAAUACACGAGCCGUGUCCCGAGCUUCUGGAUUUAUCACAACGAAGGUCACCCACCUUCUCCCUGCUGUGACAAAUGUUGAGAGCAGAGAUCAGCCUGUUCCACGACUGUUAGAGGUGACGGGGUGAGGACGGGAAGGAGUGUCGGUUAGCUGUGCCAGCUUUUGUCUCAUGAGAGUGACUGUGCCAUUCAGGCACCGUCAGUGACCAGGGCUGUGGCUGUGGUGGGCCCGGCCCAGGAGGCCUCUUUGUACAUCACUCCUGGCUCCUGCUGACCUGUGCUGCUCACACCAUGGAUCAACAGAGAGAUAAAUAUGGCGAGCGGCCCACAAGGGCCGCUAAAGUUUCCCAGGGAAGCCGUAGUGGACACUCGUCCCGACCAUCUGGCUUCAAGCUCCUCCGGGGUUCUCAUGGUGGGGCCAAAUUUUCGUGUGGGAAAGAAGAUCGGCUGUGGAAACUUUGGCGAACUGAAGCUCGGUAAAAAUCUGUACACCAACGAGUAUGUAGCUAUUAAACUGGAACCAGUGAAGUCGAGGGCGCCGCAGUUGCAUUUAGAGUACCGGUUCUACAAAACUCUGGGAACUACAGCUGAAGGCAUCCCUCAGGUGUUCUACUUUGGGCCCUGUGGGAAAUACAAUGCCAUGGUUCUAGAGCUGCUGGGCCCGAGUCUAGAGGACCUCUUUGACCUUUGUGACAGGACCUUUUCACUGAAGACUGUCUUAAUGAUUGCAAUUCAGCUGAUUUCUCGAAUGGAGUACGUGCACUCUAAAAACCUCAUCUAUAGAGAUGUGAAGCCCGAAAACUUUCUCAUUGGACGGCAAGGGAAUAAAAAGGAACACAUUAUCCACAUCAUUGACUUUGGCCUGGCAAAAGAAUACAUCGACCCCGAGACCAAAAAACACAUUCCAUACCGGGAGCAUAAGAGCUUGACUGGCACUGCGCGAUAUAUGUCCAUCAAUACACAUUUAGGCAAAGAGCAAAGCCGGCGAGAUGACCUGGAGGCCUUAGGCCACAUGUUCAUGUAUUUCCUUCGUGGAAGUCUACCGUGGCAAGGACUAAAGGCCGACACGUUGAAAGAACGAUACCAGAAGAUCGGCGACACAAAACGAAACACUCCCAUUGAGGUCCUCUGUGAGAACUUCCCAGAGGAGAUGGCCACCUACCUACGAUACGUGAGACGGUUGGACUUCUUUGAAAAACCCGACUAUGAAUAUCUGAGGACUCUGUUCACUGAACUGUUUGAGCGAAAAGGAUACACCUUUGACUACACUUACGACUGGGUUGGCAGGCAGAUACCCACACCCGUGGGGUCUGUCCACAUAGACUCUGGGGCGUCUGCUGUCACGAGAGAGAGCCAUCCUCACAGAGACCGGCCCUCACAGCACCCACCAGUUCGAAAUCAGACCGCAGUCUCAGAUCGACGAGGAGCAUGGGAGGUGCAGCCAACACGCCAAGCAAACUCCUAUCUGACCUCCCACCUGGCAGCGGACAGGCAUGGGGGCUCAGUGCAGGUGGUCAGCUCGACCAACGGGGAGCUGAACGCAGACGAUCCACUGGCAGCUCAUUCCAACGCUCCGAUUACAGCUCAGGCAGAGGUGGAAGUGGUCGACGAGGCCAAGUGCUGCUGUUUCUUCAAGCGAAAACGGAAGAAGAACACACCGAGGCACAAAUGAUCGUCCGCCACUGGCCUGAAACGCUCCAAGUGUCAGUCGAUUGUGAUUUCAGAAAUCAAUAAGGUCCCAUUCAAAAAUAAAAGAGGGAGACAAACUGAAAGAUGUUGAUUGAAAAGCGCUCUGGAGGGACCAGUUAAAAAUGGUUUGAGAUGUACAAGAUGCUUGUGUCUUUAGAUGGGAGUAUUUUUUUGCUUUAUUAUUAUUUUGUUUUUUUCCCCUCCUCCUGUGUGGAAGUAUUUUGCAGGCCAGUCAUCCAAACGGGGAACCUUUUUGUUGGAAUUGUGCAGAGGAUAAUCUUUUUCCUCCUCCCCAAGACGCCCAGCAUUUGUGUUUUUCUCUCCUUGUUUUUGUCAGAUUUUCUGCUCCCGUUUCCCUCCUGUGGUAUUGCAAAGGAAGCGACGUUUCUUCCUGUGGAAUCUUGCCACCGUCAACAUGUUGCAUACUAUGAUUUCUUUCUUCGACUCACAGAAUCAUAUUUUCAUUUCCCCUCUGUCAAGUCCCGGUUCAGAGUAGUUUGCCCCUGGUUAGUUUGCUAACUCAUCUCGACACAAAGCCCUUUUGGUCUUUCCUGACGUGGGACUGAAUGUAAACCUGAACACACGAGGAGCCAAAAGCGUAACCGCCCAUCCUCACGUACAGGCACAAAGAGCUUCAGUCUGCCAUUUGGCCCCUGCACUUUUUUCCCUCCAAAGAGGUCAACCCUGGCACUGAGAGAACAGAAGACCAAGGACGCCUCCUGCACUGUGUUCUCUGAGGAUGAAUUCUGCUCACGCUGCUUGGUUAAAGCGCUCCCCUUAGCCACGCUGCUGUCAAAACACACUACAGUCUCUUUUGACGCUCAUGCAGUCUUGCUUCUGUUGGCUUUGUGAUGAUGAGCGGCAACCUGACACUCCUAGAUGGGGCUGAAAAAAAAUGCUAUUUAUGCUAUUUAUCUCUUGGUUGCCACUGGUUUUCUUACUAAUUCUAAAACAUACACACUGAAUGUAUGGACAGAAAAGUAAAUGACUUUGGAGCAUUUAUAUGAUCUGUCAUGUGCAUGGGAAGGAAAUUGCUGUUAAGACCCAUGUGUAAAGGAAAAAGACAAAAAAAGGAAAAUCAUGAGACCAAAACUAAGUGUGUUAGAGGGUGGGAGGGUCUUAAAUGUUCUUGAUCUUAAUAAUGUGAUGGUUAAUAAUGGACUCUGCACCAGUAGACACUGGGAGAUGUUGCUUUGGAUUGAGAAAACAAACAAGGAAAAAAAAAUCACAGCCUCGCAACACUACUGUCUAAUGCCUUAACCCCCCCCUCCCCCCAACCGGCCGACCAGUCGACCAUCACAUCACGCCACCAGUUGGAUAAACAAGUUGGCGGCAUGACGGUUGUGAGAUGUGCGGCGCAACCUUUGGGCUCACUCGUAUAAAUAAAACCCAAAGUUGCAGGCUGUUCCCAGCUAGCAUCAGAGCGGUUGAUGACUUCUCUCGUAACUCUGAGGAUGUGUUCCCAAGAGAGCAAUGCCAAACGGGAGGCUUGGCGUAAUAAUCUGUUAAUGGUGUUCAGACGUCCCUGCCCCUGAGCGUCCAGCCGGGAGACCCCGUGUACGGCAAAAGUGAUGUUUUAUGUUUGGACGGUCCCUCUCCUCGACGCAGAGAGAGAGAGAGGGAUAACCUUAACGUCGGCGUGAAGGCGAAGGCGAAUAAGUGAACAUGUCCAUACCAUUUUAAUUUUCAUUUAGUGUCAUGGAGGACUGCCUUGAAACAAUAUCCUCGAUACGUCACCUUGCCUAUCCUCCUAACAGAGAGUGAAUUACCGUACAUAGGUGUUUUAUUUUUUUAUUUUAUAUCUUGCUAAUGUGAAUUUUUUUAAUGCAAUCUUAGUUUUUUUUGUUUUGUUUUGUUUUUUGUUUCCAUUCCAAAUAGCCAUGGUUUUAUGGGGAAAGAGAGGGUAACAAAAAAGCUUGAGACCAUGACUGCACUACAUUUGUUGACCCCCGGCUUUCCCUGAGAAGACCCUGCCUUCUUAAUACUGUACUUUAAACGUGCUUGUUACUUUAAUUGUAGCUGCCUCGUAUGCUAGGCCUUCCCUAUAGGGUGCAGGGAAUACACAAUAUAUUGAAUUUUUUUUUAUUAUAAUUUUUUUUUUAAUCCCCACCCACUCCUUUUUUUAUUGUGCCAUGACACCACCCUCCUCUUCCCCUUCCCUUUCUCUCUGCACGCACGCAUGCACGCACACACACACAUACAUACACACACACACACACAAGUCCUAGAUGAAUCAGCUCUCAGUGGCGUGUUUAGAUUUGGCGUUUUGUGGACCUGCUCCAUCAUCUUUAGUAAUACAAUGUUGUAGAUGUUGCAAACUAUCUCAAUGAAUCAGUAUGUAAACCUGCUUGUCGCGUGUAUUUACACUGUAUAGCUUUUGGUUUCUUCUUUAACCCCUGACAUGUCAGUUACUCCAGGGUCUAAGUUAUUGUGUUCUUGAAAGUACUUGAAUAUGAAAAUUUACGGGACCUUUUCUGUUUGUUUGGGGCUUUUGUUUUAUUUGUUGUUGUUUUUUUUUUUUUGUCAUUAUCAUAAUAAUUCCACACAUAGGAUUUGAAGGGGAUUGUUGGGAAAACAGGCUAUUUGAAUGACAGGUAUUCAUUCGUUUGAGAUGUGUUAGUGCCUCUUGAGUGUGUUGGACAGGUGACGUUUUUAUCCGACUCACCUGGGGAGUCCUGUGCCGGCUGGUGUACAAAGGAAAAGAAAAAAAAAAAUAAAUAAAAACUGGUGUGGGUUUCGUUGUUUUUUACCAAGAAGUGGUGCAGUUAGAUGUUGGUUUGGAUGCUAAGUCAUUCACCAGUUUGUAUUUUGAUCUGGUGUGGGUGAAACCGUUCAUUUUGUUUUUGUCCCCAGACACCAAACCUGUGACAUCUGCUGCCUGUGCUUGUCCCCACAGAGCAUCACCCGGCACCUGGACUGUUUCAUUCCAGCUACCUGAGAAAAGUUGAAAGUAUUUCCGUUGUAGUGAGAUGGAUAUCCAGACUAUAUAGCCUUCAACGUUCCCUCUGAAUUCCCAGAGUGCCAUUCCUGAGACUACUACUAGCCCAUGCCUUUUACCUGUGCCAGGAAAAUAUGAAGUUGAAUGUUUUUUUUGACCAUCACAUUCCACGUUGUGUCCUUGAUGUGUCCACGGUCAUUUUGAAAAACCGCAGAGCAGCAAAGGCUCAGCUCAGUACCAGAAGUGUUGUUGGAGAUGUCAACGAGCGUUGGAAAUUACAAAGUGUUUUAUGAGUUGUUUCUGUUGGUUUCUUUCUUGUUUUUUUUCUUUUCUUGUAGAUCAAAAGAAACCAACAGCAUUUUACUGACCGAACUUAUCGUUUCAGAGUUGAAUUUGUGACUGGUCAUCUUUGCAACAUCGGCUUCAUUCUUAAACUUUGGGUGGCCGAGCUGUUCGGCUCCUGGCUGAAAUGGUAGAUAUAGAUAUAUUACUCUGAUGUAUUUACGUUUUACUCUCUGGGCCUCAUACAGAGCGAUAUAGGAGUACUCUGUAUGCUUUGUGUCUGCAUGGCUUACGUGGAGACGGCAGCGAGCGGUUCCUCUCCAGUGAAUUUUCUCACCUGUAGGGCUCAUAUACUGUGGGCUCAGUGAGACGUUAUGACUUCCAGUCCUCCUGUAAAAUAAACUUAAGAUAAACAUUUUCAUGUCUUCUCACCGCACAUUCCACUUCAGUUCACAUCUUUUCUGGUAACCUUCACUUCAGUCAGACUUGUGUUUAUGGCUUUGGUUGUGUGUAAGUCACAUUUCUGUGUGUCAAAGCUGUGUAAAUCAAAGCAAAGGACAGAUAAAAGUGUGAAUGAAUGGCUGAGGUCUUUUUGGGUUCUCUGGCACUUUUUCCUUGUUGCUGUACUGUAGAAUUGUCUUGGAUUUACUGUAUAUUUUUUCUUUGAGGGAGAGGUUUUGGGUGACAUUUACUGCAAUAUUGUGAUGAUUAUUUGAAAAUUGUAAAUUGUACAGAGUUCACAGUUAUACUCUUUGUUCUUUCUGUUGGGAUUACAUUAAAAAUAUGUAUUCUUUGAUAUUUUUUUCCCUCUCAGACUGUGGAAAAUCAAAUUGUACAGCUCCAAGAGGUUAUCCUCCCCUCAGCAUUGUUUUUUUUUUUCAGAGCUAUGAUUAAGACAAAUCUUAAAAUUGUAAAUAAAUAUUAUUGUGUUGAAAUAUGAAUGUCACUUCAAAAAUGUAUUUGAAUGAGUUAGUCAAGGGCUUCAAGAAUGAAGGACCCACAUUUCUUCUUUUUAUGGUUUCAUAUUUUUAAUUUACAGAAAGGUAAAGAUCCUUUUUAUCUGAGAUGCCUGUUUUUUCCCCCCUCGUUGGAUUCAUAUAAUACAAUGUUUCACACAUGAACCUUAUAAAAAUCACUUUUUAUUCCCUCCACACCUAAAGGGAAACUCCAGUUUGCACCCUUUUUUAUGUAAAAUAAAAGAUCUCUCCACCUUG